UUUGCUUCCCUUUUGCGUUGCUAACAACUCGCGCAAUAAUUUUUGCCUUUUUCCUCCUUUUUCGCCUUCGCGUGAAAAAAAAAAUUUUUUUUCAUGCAAACCUACCCCUCCCCCAGUUUACUCAACACCUCCCCUCCCCCUACUAACUAAACACGCCCAAAAAAUGUUUGCUUCUCACAUAAAAAAAUCUUCUUGUUUUAACUGCUACUUUUAUAUAUUAAUUGCCGCCUUUUCUCCUUUUUUAAAAAAAUUAACGAGAAAAAAUCAACGGGAAAUAAUCAACGAGAUCUGGGAAGUUGCUACAACAAAGGCGAGAGAAGAGAGAGAAAAAAGUUUGAAAAUAGAACAAGAGAACAACAAGAACAACAAAUUCUGGAUAUUGAACAACUUGUUGCUACAAUAAUUAAAACAAGUUUAAAAACAACAAUGUUAAAAGAAGAUAAUUAUAGAAGCAGAAAAAGAAUAAAACAAUCGAGAAUUAGCAACAGUGUUUCUGGUUGCCUAGUUAUCUUUUUUUUAACUCAAAUUCAACCCUCCUCAAGCACCAACAGAUUAUUUGCACGUUCAGUUCCUCGAGGCUACCAACCGCCUCCUACUUCCCCUUUAGUUGAGGAUGUACCAGUUAUGCAAUACAAGCAGUACAAACCCCCUUCUCGUUUCUCCCACCCUUCGAGCAACAAUUUGCCGUCAUUUAAACACCCAUCGGUGGCAGGAGAAGCUAAGGAACCUUUAAUGGUUAAUACGUUAAUACAGGUGUUUGGGCCAGAAAAAGGAGAUGAAACUGAAACGGAGAAGCAAAGACUGUCAACAUUUGUUGGGGAAACAUCUAGCGAGCAAAAUUCACCUACCCCUCCCACUGAAUUGUUAAACGGUCAAAAACGCGUGACGCUUACAAGACAAUUGGACACCUUUGGAAGAACUUUUGUGCCUGCCAAUCAAACAGUUUCAACUGCAAAUCCAAAAAUAGCAAUUGUAAAAGCUUUUGCUGCUUCAAAUUCUUCCCAAAUAUCGGAAGCACAACUUCGAGAAGAAUUAGGCAAAGAAUUGGAACAAUCUGUUUCUCUUAUACUUGAUGAGCUGGGUAGGAAAGACAAAACGACUAAACGUCCAGUUACUUUGACUACUCAAUCUGUACCUGCGGAAGAGUUGGAACGAUUAGAGGGAGAGGAAAAUGAGGCAACAACAUCACCAAAAGAAACUGAAAAUUCUGUUGUUUCAACUAGAGAAGCAACUAGUGUACAAACUGCUUCAACUACAAGUGUUGCUCCGUUAGUUGUCUUUCCAAAAACUAGCAAAGAACCGAUAGAAGUUGCCCCUGCAACAAACGUUGCAACAACAACAGAAGCAAGCGACAAGGAGAAAAAAGAUGAAGCAACAACUGUUGGAAUUAAAGAAGAACAUAACCAAGAGGAAAAUGAAAUUACAAGUACAAAAGAAACUUUAACUGAAGAAAAUAUUGAAGAGAUAAAAUCUACAACAAUCGCACCUGCGCAAAUUUACAAGAGCGCAGAGAAGAAAAGUGAAGCUGAAACAAAUUUACCUGUUACAACAACAAUAAAUAUUGAAGAAUCUCCAACAACCCCUACAAUUGUUAAACAAGAAGAAACAAAAGAAGAAACUUUAGAAAAACCAACAUAUCCAACAGAAGAAGAAAAAGAAGGGGUAACAAUAGAAGGAUCUUUAAUAUUUGAUAAGAAAACAACAGUACCAGAAGAAAUAGCUUUUAACGAAGAUGAAGCUUCAAUAACUGAAACAAUAACAGAAGAAAAGAAAACAACAGUAGCAACAACAUUAGAGUCAACAACACUCCAAACAACAAUCCAAACAACACCAGAAACAUUGUUGCAAACAAAUUCUGAAAAUGUUUUGAGUAAAGAACAACAAGAGGUUGAAGAGGAAGAAAUAAAAGAACAACAAAAACAAACAACCUUAAAUGUUGUUGGGAAUAGGGAAGUUCCUGGCCCUGGGUGGCAACGAACUGAUUUUGAGGAAGGGCAGCUUUGGGUGCAAUGCAAACCUCCUUCAAUUAGGGUAAAAAAAUAUUUUAAUGAGAUGAAAAUUAUUUUUGGAGGCUUAAAAAAUUUUUAA